GCACCUCUCCAGAGUACUCGCAUCCCCCCGCCUCGCCUCGCCUUGCAGCCAUGUCCAACAACCCUUCCUUCGUCCUCCGCGGCAUCAACGAUGUCAUCUUCGAGGAGAGACCCAUCCCCCAGAUCGGCGAUGACGAGGUACUCGUCGAGGUGAAGAAGACGGGUAUCUGCGGGUCCGACGUCCACUACAUGGUUGCCGGACGCAUUGGGCAGUUCAUCGUCGAGAAGCCCAUGGUCUUGGGCCAUGAGUCCUCCGGCAUCAUCUCGAAGGUCGGCCCUGCGGUCAAGAACCUCAAAGUCGGUGACCGCGUCGCAAUGGAGCCCGGUGCAACCUGCCGCAAGUGUGAUGCUUGCAAGGGCGGCCGGUACGAGCUCUGCCCAGAUAUCGUCUUCGCUGCGACCCCUCCAUACGAUGGCACGCUUGCCCGGUACUACCCUAUUCCCGCCGAUAUCGUUUACAAGCUCCCGGAUCACCUCACUCUCGAGGACGGUGCCAUGAUGGAGCCUCUCUCUGUCGCCAUCCACGCGGUGGCAAACGUUGCAGACUUCCAUUCGAACCAGUCUAUUGUCGUCUUCGGUGCCGGCCCCGUCGGUCUCCUCUGCAUGGCUGUGGCCAAGGCGCUCGGUGCCUCGCGGGUCGUCGCCGUCGACAUCGUGCAGGGCCGGCUCGACUUCGCGAAGGAGUUCGCGGCAACGGACAUCUACCUCCCGCCACCUAUGGAGAAGGACGAGACGCGGAUACGCUACUCGGAGCGGAACGCGAAGAAGCUGAUGACGGACCUGGGCAUCGAGGAGCGUGGCCCCACGAGCAUCGACCUCAUCGUCGACGCGAGCGGUGCUGAGGUCUCCAUCCAGACUGGUGUCCUCGUCGCUAAGAUUGGCGGCACCUUCGUGCAGCUCGGUAUGGGCAGUCCCGAGGUGACCCUCCCGAUCACAACGAUGCUCACGAAGGAGCUCAACUGGAAGGGCUCCUUCCGCUACGGCCCUGGCGACUACCCGCUUGCGAUCGCGCUCGUUGCGCAGGGCAAGAUCGACCUCAAGCCGCUUAUCACCCACCGCUACUCUUUCGAGCAGGCUGUCGAGGCAUUCCAAACGACGCGCACGGGCAAGAGCUCGGACGGCAAGGGCGUCAUCAAGGCUGUCAUCUCGGGCCCAGGCGUCUCGCUGAGUGAUAACUAAGUGGACUCAUUUCUCUGGUGGUAUAUACGGCGUGUAGUAACUUAAUGCAAAAGUAGCCCGAAGUGUACGAUACCAUUGUUGUUUGCUGUCAGACUUGAAUGAAGUUGUUUUGGGUCCCCAC